UAUUUUACCGGUGCUGCCAUCCCUAAGAGCGCGGAGAACAGAAAUAACUUAUCGAAAAUCCACCAUUUUCCCUUUGUAACUAACCGGUGUUCAAAACACGUGCCGCGUGUAAAAAAUACAAAAUGAACACCGAGAAACUGAAGAAACUGCAGUCUCAGGUCCGCAUCGGCGGUAAGGGCACUCCGAGGCGUAAGAAGAAGGUUGUCCACGCCACGGCCGCCACAGACGACAAGAAACUCCAGUCGUCGCUGAAAAAGUUGUCAGUGAACACUAUUCCUGGAAUCGAAGAGGUGAAUAUGAUAAAAGAAGAUGGCACUGUGAUACACUUCAACAACCCGAAAGCGCAGGCCUCCCUUGCCGCGAAUACUUUCGCUAUCACAGGGCAUGGAGAGACCAAGCAAAUCGCUGAAAUGCUCCCUGGCAUCCUCAGCCAGCUCGGGCCCGAGGGAUUAAAUCAACUUAAGAGGUUAGCUUCGAGCGUCGCGGCGCCCAAGCCACUCGAAGAGGACGAUGAAGUUCCUAACCUCGUUGGUAACUUCGACGAAGCCUCAAAGCAAGAGGCUAAGGAAGUAGUCACCGAUGAAAAAGAAAAGGAGAAGGAAAAUGAAAAAGAAAAGAAACCCGAGACAGAAACCAAAGCUGCAGACAAAAAAACUGACUAAACUUCCCCCACACUGAUUUGUCUAGUUUUUAUUUGCUCACCCCAAGUGAUAUCGAAUGCUAGGGUUUCCAAAGGCAUAGAAGUGUCUCAAAACCAGUUUUAUUUUGUAAUUUCAAAAUACAGUUUACUGUUUUGUGUUCCUGAAUAAAUGUAUUUUUUAAUAAAUCAUGUCUUGCAUUCUUUGUAAAAGUUACAAUGUGAGUGGAACACUUUUUUAGUUUUGUCUAGUGACUUUGGAAAUCCUCUAUACAGCCAUCCUGGACUCGAUUGAAUGCUUUAUCUCUUUUGCCCAUACUAAUUAUAGUUUGUGUAAUGUAUUAUGCAGUGUAAUGGUUGAUGUCAAUUCUCUCGGUGGGCUUGGUUAAGUGUUGUAGCCUACCGUUAGGACAUUGGCGAUAUUACCUAUGAUUAAUGUAUAAAAGUCUAUCCCAAAUUAUGCAUUAUUUUGUCAGAAAAGCAAUUAUAGGGUUAUAUUAUGUAUAGUAAAUAAGGUGUUCGAUACACCUUGUCAUAUUUUUAAAAUAAUGGUAUUUUCUAAAAUUGUUAAUGCAGGUCUUGUCGAGUUGCUUUCUCAUUUUUUAAAGAGUUAACAAAAUAGGUUACAAAAGAACUUAGUCACAGAUAGCUCUUUAGGUAACAGAGCUGACAUUGUAUAAUAAAAACAUAAAAAUUGCAAAAUGUAAAAGAUUGAAGUUAAUGUAACAUGUGAACUUUACAUUAAAAACUUUGAUCCAUCAA